CCUUCCCUUCUCCUUAAACUACUCUUCGCCUUUCCACCCAACAAAUAUCCUUUCAUUCCCAGAAAGAUCCAUUCGUCCAUUUCUCUCAGUACUUUCAUCGAACACUAAACGAGCAUAUACCUGACUCUGGCAGAGUCCCUUCAUCUCUACUGCAAAAUGCUCCUCGCUCAGCUGCAGUGCCACCAGCCGCCAUGGAUACACUCUCUUCAUCCCGGCCAAUUGAAGAAUCGUUCUUCUUCUUCUUCCCCCGAUUCUCGUGGCUCUUCCUCAUCCUCUUUUCACCAAUGCCAUUCUGCGUUGACGAGUUUGAAUUGGUGAUUCAUAAUUCAUUAAUGAUUCAGCUUCUGUCGUAUUGCAAUCUGUUUCUUGGAUGGCAAUUUUUCGAUGCUUGGUUUGGUAGCAUCGUUAGUAAAGAACUGCGCCGCCAGGUCAACUUAGCGUCGAAUUGUUGUGAUGUGAAACAGGGACUUGAUGAACAAGAAACCGGCGCCGAAGCAGUUCCUGUGGAUCCGAACCUCAGCUUUUGGUCCGAAUUGUCGCAGGAUAUGCAGCAGCGGUGGUGAGUGAGACCGAGACUCUUGGAACCAUUCACAACUCCUCUGUAAAACUUGAAGGAAUUGGUGAAGUGAAUUUAGAUUUCCAUGGAUGCCCUGCCACCUUGGGUGGUUAUCCGGGCAUGGUCUUUGUAGGACUUAGAAGUGUUUCUAUAUAACAUCUCCGUUAGUCUAUUUACAUUCCGUGGAGUAUACACCUUUAAACAUCAGUCACGUAGGUUUAUGGAGUCAGGUUGUUCAUUGAAGAUCGCUGUUUCAUUGAUUCAUCAAUUGCCAGUUGUUUUCUAUUUGGUCUAUUAUCUUAAGCGGCAAGCCACAUCUCUUGAGCUCUUUAGUUGGUGUCUUGAGAACAUGCAUCAGCUGAACAUUAAUUCCAUUUUUGUAGGGAACCAGGAACCCAGCGUGCAAAGGACAGGGGACAAGUGGGACUCCGUGGUAGAUACUUCUGUGUCAGGUGUCUCAAGUACAUGGGUUCUUAAGAUGAAGCAAAUUGGCCUUCCACAGGACUUCUUGAAGAAGCUCCUGGUUGGGUCUGCUUCAUUAUGUUUCAUGUUAAACCUCAGUCAGUUGAAAUUAUUCAGUCCGCUAACAAAGAUGAUCCACAACUCGGUUCCUCCUUUCCUUUGGAAACUUGGAGGAGCAAGCUUACCUUUUGCUUGCAUGUCUAAUUCCUUGAACAAACCGACGCCUUUGGGGUUGGAUGUGUCAUUGCCAUCAUUUCAAGAUGUUAAGUGGAGUUUAUCGCGCUUAAUAUAUUUGUUCAACAUCAAGCUGGAAAGAAACAUAGCAACGUUCCUAGUAUCUUUGCUUGCUGCUUGUUUCUCGUUCGUCAUUAUUGGGGGCCUACUGUUCUACAGGUUCAGGGGUAACAAGCAGUCUCUGGAAGACUGCUUCUGGGAAGCUUGGGCCUGUCUUUGUUCAUCAUCCACUCAUUUAAGGCAAAAGACACGUGUUGAACGUGUCAUCGGCUUUGUGCUUGCAGUAUGGGGGAUAUUGUUCUACUCUAGGUUGUUGAGCACAAUGACAGAAGAAUUCAGAAAUAACAUGCAAAGACUCAGGGAAGGAGCACAAGUUCAAGUCUUGGAAGAGGAUCAUAUCAUUAUCUGUGGGAUUAAUAACCACCUCGCUUUUAUACUAAAACAGCUAAACAAGUAUCAUGAAUUUGCUGUCCGCUUAGGUACUGCCACUGCAAGGAGGCAGAGGAUUCUUCUUAUGUCUGAUGCUCCAAGGAAGCAAAUGGACCGGCUAGCUGACAGUAUUGCAAAAGAUCUUAAUCAUAUUGAUAUCCUCACUAAAAGUUGCAGCCUUAGCCUCACAAAAUCAUUUGAAAAGUGUGCAGCUAAUAAGGCCCGUGCCAUAAUCAUACUUCCACCAAAAGGUGAUAGGUAUGAGGUUGAUACCAAUGCAUUCCUGUCUGUACUAGCCCUUCAGCCUAUUGCGAAUAUGGAAUCGAUCCCCACUGUGGUUGAGGUUUCAAACUCAACUACUUGUGAACUCCUGAAGUCAAUUUGUGGGCUGAAAGUAGAGCCAGUCGAAAAUGUGGCAUCGAAACUGUUCGUUCAAUGCUCUAGGCAGAAGGGGCUCAUAAAAAUCUACAGACACUUGCUCAAUUACCGAAAAAAUGUAUUCAACCUUUGGAGUUUACCCACUUCAGAAGGAGUUAGUUAUAGGCAAGUAAGACGUUCCUUGCAAGAGGUGGUUGUUUGUGGUCUUUAUCGGGAUGGGAAGCUGUACUUUCACCCCAAUGAUGAGGAAAUCCUACUGCAAACCGAUAAAAUUUUGUUCAUAGGACCUGUUCAGGGGAGAAAGAGGCCGCAGAUUGCAGAUUCUGAGGUUCUGAAAGAACACACUGCUAGUAAAAGUUUGGAAGUUAUGGAAAAGGAUGGUGAUCAUUGGAAUCACGCUGUAGAGUUGACGAAAACAAGACUUAAGAAUAUUGUAAAACGUCCCACUAGAUCAGGGUCAAAGGCAUCAGACUUGACACUAGGACCAACAGAAUCUAUUCUCUUACUUGGAUGGCGUCCAGACGUCAUUGAAAUGAUUAAGGAGUAUGACAACUAUCUUGGACCCGGAAGCACACUGGAGAUACUAUCAGAGGUACCGUUAGAUGAGCGAAUGAGGGCAAGUAACAUUCUCAAGCUAAAGCAUGGAACACUGAAUCAUGUCCAAGUCUCCCAUAGGGUUGGAAACCCCAUGGACUUUGAGACAUUAAAGGAAACCAUAACCAGCAUCCAAAAAUCUUAUAAGCAAGGGAAACGUGCUCCCCUGUCCAUUGUUGUGAUUUCUGAUAGGGGAUGGCUUGCUGGAGAUGCAUCCAGGGCAGACAAGCAAUCCGCCUUUUCUCUUCUCCUUGCCGAAAGCAUCUGCAAUAAGCUCGGUGUUAAGGUACAAAAUCUCGUAGCGGAGAUUGUCGACUCAAAGUUAGGCAAACAAAUUACUAAAAUAAAGCCGUCGUUAAACUAUAUAGCAGCGGAGGAAGUGAUGAGCCUAGUCACAGCCCAAGGUCUUCUUAAAUCAUUAUACUCUUGAACGCUCCAUCCUGGAAAAUUUUUCUUGUUGGUUUUAUCAUGGAGUGAGACUGUUUCUUCUCACUGACAGUGACACAGAACAAUGAACUAAAUGAUGUGUGGAAAGACAUUCUGGACGCACAGGGGGAUGAAAUAUACAUCAAGGAUGUAAGCCUUUACAUGAAAGAGGGCGAGAAUCCUUCAUUUGCCGAGCUCACGGAAAGGGCACGGUUGAGGCGGGAAGUUGCCAUAGGAUAUCUGAGAGGCAAUAAGAAGGUCAUUAAUCCGAAUCCGAAAACACAACCGCUCUUCCUUACAUCAACGGACUCAUUGAUAGUCAUAUCUGAGCUCGAAGGAGAACAACCCAUCGCCGUGUAGUAUCACAGACACAGGGUUAUAUACAUACUUACAUUUGCUUUUGGACAAAUAGAAGAAACUUGCAUUGCAUCCAAUACAGGCCUUCUACCAUUGAAGAGCUGAUCUAGCAGUAUGUUUUAUUGAGGAAUUGAGAGCAUGAAAGUUUGCUCAAGUGGCGACUGGAGCCUGCUGAUUUAUAUCUGUGAAUUUUAAGACCUUCCCCCUCUGUUUGUACCAUUAUUACAGUCGAAAUAGGACUUGAGACGGUAAAACUGUAAAAAAGAAAAACACAGGUGGAAAGUGAAAGGUUGUUCAGUGCAUAGUGGAGUGGUACAUUCGAUUUGAUAUUCAUUCCAAAGGAAAGAAUGGCUUGGCUCGUAAUUCUACGAGGCUUCGACUUUUGAUUCUGUAAGACCACACGGGUUUGGAUUUUUAGUCAUUUUAC